AUGAUUAUAAACAUUUUAUGGAAUACAUGUGGAGCUACAAUAUGGGGUUGGGCUUUAACAAUUUCACCUGAUAAUUCACGUCAAGAAGUUAUUAAAACAUUAGGAGAAGAUUUUUUUUAUAAUUUUGAUGGAACAAAGACAGAAUUUUUUGUCCUAGAACCAUUAUCAAUAAGUGGAAUGUGUGCAUUAGGUCAUAAUUCAAUAACAUGUAUAGUUGUUGUUUUAAUUGUAUUUAAAACAUACAAAGGUGUUCAGGUGUCAUUAAGAAAAAAUUCUGGUAAAAUGACAAAUAAGUCAAAAAAUUUACAAAAACAACUUAAUACAACAAUGUUAUUGCAAGCCUUAACACCUCUUAUCUUUUGUAUAAUUCCCGUCUUAACAAUGGUAUUUUGUUGCUUUUUAAAAAUUCUUCUGAAUGGUUUUAGUUCAAUAUUUUUUAUAACAUUUAUGCUUGUCCCUACAAUCAAUGCUUUAAUUUGUCUUAUAUGUGUAAAAGUUUGUCGUCGAAAAAUUAUAGAAUUUUUUAUAAAAGAAAAAAUUAAAAUCAUUUCAUCAGUUAAUUCUAAAAUACAAGUUCAGUAA